GAGACGGCCCACAAGCAGAGAGGAAAACGGGAAGGGAAAGACGGAGAGACACGCGGUGACACCCACACGAAUAAAGGGCUGUGACUGAUACGCGUCCAGAGAACAAAGGGCAUCUGCAUCACCAAAGCCGUCGGAAGGAGGGAGAGAGAGAGAGAGAGAGGAACGAGGAGGAGAGAGAGCGCGUGGUAAUAGGAGGGGAAGUCGCGGAGGAGAGGGCACAUGGCGACGCUGCAGAGUUGGCGGAAGGCCGUGGGCGCGCUCAAAGACACCACCACCGUCGGCCUCGCCAACAUCAACAGCGAUUUCAAGGAUUUGGAUGUGGCGAUCGUGAAGGCCACCAAUCACGUCGAGCACCCGCCCAAAGAGCGACAUCUUAGGAAGAUCUUGGCAGCCACUUCGAUCACCCGCCCUCGUGCAGAUGUAGCCUACUGCAUCCACGCCCUUGCUAGGCGCCUCGCCAAGACUCGCAAUUGGACGGUGGCAUUGAAGACACUGAUAGUAAUUCAUAGGACUCUUAGGGAGGGUGAUCCUACAUUCCGUGAAGAGCUUCUUAACUUCUCACAAAGAGCACGAAUUCUUCAACUAUCAAACUUCAAGGAUGAUUCAAGCCCUAUUGCUUGGGACUGCUCUGCAUGGGUGCGUACUUAUGCUUUGUUUUUGGAGGAAAGACUUGAAUGUUUCAGGAUUCUGAAGUAUGAUGUUGAAGCGGAGCGUUUGGUUAGAGCUGCUCAGGGUCCUGAGAAGGGGCACAGUAAAACGAGAGAACUGGAUAGUGAAGAUCUGUUGGAGCAGUUGCCUGCAUUGCAGCAGUUAUUAUAUCGGCUUAUUGGAUGCCGUCCAGAAGGAGCUGCUGUUAGCAAUUAUGUUGUUCAGUAUGCCCUAGCUUUGGUACUGAAAGAGAGCUUCAAAAUUUAUUGUGCUAUUAAUGAUGGUAUCAUUAAUCUUGUCGAUAAGUUCUUCGAUAUGCCAAGGCAUGAAGCGAUUAAGGCCCUAGAAAUCUACAGAAGAGCUGGCCAACAGGCAACAAGUCUUUCUGAAUUUUAUGAAGUUUGCCGUGGAUUGGAACUUGCUAGAAAUUUCCAGUUUCCAAACUUGAGAGAGCCUCCACAAUCUUUUCUCGCCACUAUGGAAGAAUAUAUCAGAGAGGCUCCACGAGUGGUUUCUGUCUCCAGAGAGCCAUUGGAAUUCCCAGAAAGACUCCUUCUGACAUACAAAGUAGAGGCAGUCCCUACUACUGUUGAGGAAGAAAAACCACCCAUUGAUGAACCAAAGCCAGUACCAUCCACCACUGAAGUUGUAUCUUCUCCUCCAACUCUUAAGGCAGAUAGUUCAGACACUGGGGAUCUUCUUGGACUUAAUGAAACAAAUUCAAAUGUAGCAGCAAUAGAAGAAACUAAUGCAAUGGCACUAGCCAUUGUUCCAGCUAGUUUUGCUACAGAUUCCAGUACCGUUCAAGAUAAAGAAUUCGAUCCAACUGGGUGGGAACUUGCCCUGGUGACUACUCCAAGCAGCAACAAUGCAACCGUUGUUGAAAGCAAAUUGGCUGGUGGGUUUGACAAGCUCACUUUGGAUAGCCUAUACGAUGAAGCAGCAUACAGACAACAGCAACAGCAGCAGCAGUAUUAUGGAGCACCUCCUCCAAAUCCAUUCAUGGCAGCUGAUCCCUUCACUGUGUCAAACCAAGUUGCUGCUCCGCCAGCUGUUCAAAUGGCAGCCAUGGCUCAGCAGCAGCAACAGAUGUCCAUGUUCAUGCAAUCCAACCCAUUUGCUCAGCCUGUCUAUCAGCAGCAUGUCACCAUGGGGGCUGCAUCGAAUCCCUUUGGCGGCAAUGGGUUUGGAGCCUUCCCAGCAAGCGAUCCUCACCAACAGAACAAUCCUUUUGGGAAUCAGCAUCUGAUCUAGCUCAAGAAAUGAUGUCCGUAUAUUCCUACUUUCUCAUGCUUCUUUUUAUUUUUUGAUUAAGCAUGUUGCUUGUUUUCUGUGUUUUUUACCGAGGAGAAUUGCCUGGAUGGUAGGAGAAAUCAAAUUAGUAAUAAUUAGGUUCCAUGAAAUGUGUGUGAUAUAUAUAGCUUGCAUGGAAUUGAAGUUUUUGUUCCUGUCCAAUUUGCCAAUUGAGAUGCUUUGUUGUUGACUAA